CGGCACCCCCAUUUUGAUUGUUCGUUCCAAGAUGGCGGCUUCUUCGAGUCAAGCAAACACAAACACAUCUCAGACCGUGCCCGAUGGAAAUACCCCGGCGCGGAGUACGCCAAAAGAUGCACUCGUCAUGGCUGCCAUCCUCAAAGAGAUGGGAAUCAGUGAUUACGAACCGAGAGUCGUGAAUCAAAUGCUAGAGUUCACAUAUCGCUACAUCACCACUGUACUUGAUGAUGCUAAGGUGUACUCAAGUCAUGCAAACAAGAAAGAGAUUGAUGCUGAUGACGUUCGACUUGCCAUCCAAUCACGUCUGGACCACUCAUACACCAACCCACCACCGCGAGAUUUCUUGAUUGAGAUUGCCAGACAGAAAAACAGGACACCACUUCCUCAGCUCCAGCCCAAAAGCGGACUACGUCUCCCUCCUGACCGCUAUUGCCUGACAGGAACAAAUUACAAAUUAAAAGCACAGAAAAAGCAGACAAUUCGGCCUGCACCUAUAACCAGCAGGGUCCCAUCCCUCUCUUCAUCAAUAUCAGUCGGCACAGGUAUCAAACCAGCUCAAGUAGUAAUCCGCACUCCCUCUACCUCGACACCCAUCUCUACCUCGACACCCAUAGUAGCCACACUUCCUAGGACAGUUGCUAUGGUAACACAGACAGCAACCCCCAUCAUUGCUGGGCAGACCUUAAGUCUGGUUACGGACGUGAAAAAGGAACCAGUUGUUGGCGUAUCAACAAAUCCACAGACCCUUACACAGGGGAAGGUAACAAUAGCAGAGAGUUCUCCAGCACAACCCAAACAAGCCACGCAGGUCACAGCAACAACCACAGCUAAAGGUGCUAGCAACACUGGUAACCCAGCAUCCAUGGUGACUAUCUCCGCUCUGCCGAGUAUGGAUGAGACCCUUGCAAGCGCCCAUCAACCCCUUAUAACACCACUUAAGAGAAAACUUGAUGAGGAUGAUUAUGAUGUCUAGUAAGAUGUAGUCUCUCAAACAAUGUUGCUUGGAUAUAAUUUGGUGAUAAUACACAUAUUAUAUUGUACAUUGUUAACGUUUUACACACACGCACAAAACAAAUGUCCCAAUGUACUGUAAUAAUUGUAGCUAGUAUUGUAUAAUCGCAUAUAUAAAAUAAAUAGUACCCUGUUUACUCAGA